CUUGAAAUUUGCUCGUUCUUUCAAAAUGGCGGAACUAUCGAUAGUUACGAAUGUACUGAAUCACGUUGUGUACAUACUAACGAUUCACUCAGAGAAGUAAAUACGAACAAAUUUCAUGAUGUCCGAGAGUAAAGCCGAUAAAUCAAAAGUAGAUUUGGGACUGUUAGAGGAGGACGAUGAGUUCGAGGAAUUUCCUGCGGAAGAUUGGACCGCGGUCGACGAGGACAACGAGGAUAUCAGCGUUUGGGAGGACAAUUGGGACGACGACGACGUUGAGGAUGAUUUUAACCAACAACUGAGGGCACAGUUGGAGAAACAAAAGGGACUGACUAAAGGGAAGGAGUCCUAAUUAAGUUACAAAUUAAACAUCAUAUUAUUAUUCGUAUAUAUACAUUAGUCAGUUAAGUUCUUUUGUUUACAUUCAGAUUUUGCAAUCGUAGAUUUCGUUUCAUUUUGCAAGAUGUGAUAGAUUUUUAUCGACCUUUGUACAAAACUUAAGGAUUAAAUAGAAGUGUAUAAUUGAAA